AUGGGUAUUACUCAUGAUUUUGAGGUGACUCAGGGAGAUGAAUCACGUUUUACUUUUGAUGAUGCUGACAUUGACAAAUGGGAAUAUGAAGCAAAGAGAUGGGUGAGGGUGAUUUUUCUUGUGAGUAAGCAGGAAAAUUUGGAAACUUUAUUUACCUUUCUGCGGGACCAUGGAAAAAAUGUCUGCAAGCAGCAAAACCUUUUGGAAUGGGUACCUGUGAAAUAUCUUAUUCUGGUCUCUAGCUUGGUUCAGGAACUUCAAAUAAACCAAGAUAGAACAGUUGAAGGUCCCAUCAGGGAAAGAAUCAAGGCCAACAUUCACCUUCCUGGGACAGCUGCUUAUACAGAUUUCCUUGUGGAAUCAAGUUUUCUUCAGAAGUUUGCCAAAUGUUUUUUGCUCAUAUUGGAGGAGCUCAUCUCAUUUGCCAAAUCCUCAUGCUCCAUUUUCUGGUCCAAUCAGGUGGAAUACGACUGCAUUCUUCCCAGUUCAAUUAGAGGGAGACUUGGCGGCCCAAGUCUACGCCGGUUAUCAUCUAGUAUUGCUACUUCUGUUUUGCAAGCUAUAAUAUCUUUGAAGUCUGUGGCAUCCAUUUCAAGGUGGUGUGCACAAUUUACACCUGCUACGUCACUUAAUUCUGCUCUUACCUUUCUGUGGAGCUUCUGCUGGAAAAUAAUUACCACUCCAUCAGGUAGAUCAGAAACAGAGGCAGAGAUACGACUAGGGUCAUAUGAAGCAUUGGCCCAUAUCCUAAAAGAAUUGGUGUCUGUAUUCUCUCCUUUGUCUUUCGAUGUUGUUGUGGAUGAUGGAAAAUCUUGUGUGUCAGAAGCAGAUGAUAGACCCACUUUAGAUACCUUGGUUCAAACUUUUCUACAGUGUGUCAAUAAUCUCAUUGAAACUGGAAACUUGGUACGAACUCGGCGGGCAAUUUUGAUUAACUGGAAAUGGAUCUGCAUAGAAUGCCUGUUAUUAAUUCCUAAGUAUGUGCUUGAGAAAGGAGUUUAUCUUAGAAGCUGCAAUAUUUUCCUAUCAGAUGUUACAGCAAACUGGAUCUUUAGUGAUCUUGUUGAUAGCCUUGAAAAUGCUGGAGAAGUGUCUGUACUGCCCCUGCUAAGAUCAGUUAGAUUGAUUAUGGAGCUGUUUGCUUCAGACAGAAAGGGUUUAGUUGUUACCUCCUCUGAUGGCAUGAAUACCCGGAUGAUGUGGGAUUUGGUCAAGUCCUCUUGGAUAUUGCAUGUGAGUUGCAAUAAAAGGCGGGUUGCUCCGAUUGCUGCUCUUUUAUCUUCUGUUCUGCAUUACUCAGUUUUUGGUGAUGAAUGCAUGCAUGAAAUUGAUGGUGCACCUGGGCCUUUUAAGUGGUUCAUUGAGAAAAUUCUUGAGGAAGGGACGAAAAGUCCACGCACAAUUCGUCUUGCCGCAUUACAUUUAACAGGGCUGUUGCUUGCAAAUCCCAUGACCAUAAAAUACUAUUUGAGAGAGCUGAAGCUCUUAACCUUGUAUGGGUCUGUUGCAUUUGAUGAAGAUUUUGAAGCCGAACUGACCGAAAAUCAGGAUGCAAAAAGUGAAGUAUCAAUGUUAGCCCAAAGCCCAGAUCCUGAGCUAACUGAAGAAUUUAUCAAUACAGAGCUGUAUGCACGUGUCUCUGUUGCCGUUUUGUUUUACAAACUUGCAGACAUGGCUGAUAUGGUUGGUUUUUGUAAUGGAGGCAGAAACAGCCUGGCAGCCCUUGCAUCUGGCAAAAUCUUUUUGCUAGAGCUUCUUCAGUCUGUCCUAAAUGACAAGGACCUAGCUAAAGAGUUGUAUAAGAAGCAUAGUUCAAUUCACAGACGAAAAAUUCGUGCAUGGCAGAUGAUUUGCAUUUUGUCACGAUUUGUUUAUGAAGAUAUUGCUGAGGAAGUUAUGUGUAGCUUGCAUAAAGCACUUCAAAGAAACAAUUUGCCCUCAGUUCGUCAGUACCAGGAAACAUUUGCAAUCCAUAUAUACUUGAAGUUUCCUUCACUUGUUGGCCAACAGUUAGUUCCUCAGCUCCAUAAUUAUGAUGUGCGUCCUCAGGCUUUAUCUUCAUAUGUAUUCAUAGCGGCUAAUGUUAUUCUGCAUGCUGGUGAAGAGUAUCAGUCCGGGCACCUUGAUGAAUUACUACCUCCUACAAUGCCUUUGCUUACUUCACAUCAUCAUACUUUGCGUGGGUUUACACAGUUACUAGUGUAUCAAGUUCUCCAUAAAUUAUUGCCUGGCAUUGAUGCUGGUCCCUCCAUUGUCAUGCCACUGGAGAAAAGGUGCCUGGAGGAUUUGAAGUCGUACUUGACAGAAAACCCAGACUGUGCACGGCUAAGAGCAUCAAUGGAGGGUUAUCUUGAUGCUUUUGAUCCAAAAAGUUCUGUCACACCAGCUGGGAUUUUUGCAAGCCGGGUGGAGGAACAGGAAUUUGAAUGUGUCCCAAAGACUCUAAUGGAUCAAGUGACCUGCUUUUUAAAUGAUACGCGUGAUGAACUCAGAUGUUCAAUGGCCAGGGAUGCAGCUGUUAUCAAAUAUGAGGGCUUACCUUCUGGUGAUUAUAGCAAUUCUCCUAAAGAAGCAAAAAAUUCCAAUCAAGAACAACCUUCCUUCCAUCUGCAGGAAGAUGUGUCAUUGGAUUUCCAGAAGAAGUUUACCCUGUCUGAUCAGGAAACACAAACUACUGCUGUUUUUUCAAUAGACAACAGCAAGUCGUUGAAAUUGCUUGCUGCUAUUGAGAAGGAAGAUGAACUACUUGAUCAGCUGCUACAUUCAAGAAAUCUAGCGAUGCAAAAAUUAAAAGCAAGACGACAGCAGUUUAUCCUUGUAGCGUCAUUGGUUGAUCGAAUCCCAAACCUUGCUGGAUUGGCACGGACAUGUGAAGUAUUUAGAGCAGCAGGACUGGCAAUAGCAGACAAAAAUAUAUUGAGUGACAAGCAAUUCCAACUUAUCAGUGUAACGGCAGAGAAGUGGGUUCCAAUAAUAGAAGUUCCAGUUAGUAGCAUGAAAAAUUUCCUGGAAAAGAAAAAGAAAGAGGGUUUUGCCAUCCUAGGUCUGGAGCAGACUGCAAACAGCAAACCUCUCGACCAUUAUGCCUUUCCUAAAAGGACUGUUUUAGUCCUUGGCCGGGAGAAGGAGGGUAUUCCUGCAGAGAUAAUCCAUGUUUUGGAUGCUUGCAUUGAGAUCCCACAGAUGGGAGUAAUUAGGUCACUCAAUGUCCACGUCAGUGGUGCGAUUGCAUUGUGGGAGUAUACCCGACAGCAAAGGUCCCAUUGAUCUUGCUUGCCUAAGUGGGUAUGAUAUCUAAAUGAAAGGGAUUGAAGCUCACUGCUUUGUGGAAGAAAUUUGCAUGGUAGGAUAGGAUUUAGACAGCGGAAUUUCUUUGUGUAUAUAUGGUGUUGAUCACUACGAGCCUUUUUGUAUUCAUUCAGGUGGAGUAACUGACCAGUAGUCUGGUGCCAGUGCUCUCAUGUUCCUUUACAGAUCCAUUUUGUACAUUGAUGAUAUAUAUUGGUUACAGUAUGGCCACUUGCUAUACUUGCACAAAAGUGUACAGUGCCGGAACGUGUUCUGUGAUCUUUCAUCUCUAUUUCAUGUAGGCAACGUUAGUUUUAGUUA